UGGGUGUUGCCCAUCCUGCUGAAGUGGAGAAAGGAAAAUGAAACCAAACAAGUCUGUCAACGUUUUUCAAGCCUGAGGAUUUAGUUCUUGCAACAAGCCGUCCAGAAACAAGCAGUCGGUUGUCAUUGUAUCAGAGAGACCAGCGAAGCAACGAAGCUCCAGUAAAGAAGUGAAGGCAGAAGGGGAAAUGUCUGCUGCAAGAAAAGAGCUACAGCAGGUGUUGUGCCGCUAUGUCACAGACACCCUCAUCUACAUCGACACUGUAAGAGGAUUCUGUGAGGACGUCUCUAAAUGGGGGCUCCGUAGGGAGACAGAAUUAAACAUGAUGAUAGAUAUCAAAGAGAGGGCUGACAUCAUCAACCUUAACAUCGACCCUGUUUCUAAGUCAGAGCAAAAAGGUUAUGCCUUUUGGGAAUAUUUGAAGAGCAAGAUGACCCAAGUGACCGCAGACAGCAGGCGUGCAAAGCUGCAGGAGGAGCUGGAUGCCGUGCUCAAGGACACUUUGGUUGGCCUGGCGAAGCUCGAAUACUUCCUGGAUGCAGUGGAGAAGCUGGCGGUCACUUCGCUCCAUGUGUUUACGGAGAACCAGGCGCUAUGUCUGCCCAAAGGGAUCACCCUCGAUUGUGUUCAGGUUGUCAUCACUGCGGCACGGCUAAUCUGCCCUCUCCUCCUCGAGUUCAAAAGAGACGCACAAGUCUUCUUCCUGCCCAGACUUCAGAAUGUGGAAGUGCUCUCUUAUGAGUUGGACAAGUACAUACGGACCACGCAGAAAAUCUGCGAGACGUUAGGAAAAAGCUCCCUCAGUGACUUUCAUUUGAAAAUGACGACGGAAACUGUGGUGAACUUCGACGUGGAUCUGUCUAGAGAUGACAUGCGGAGGAUGCUUGAUCAUAUUAAUCAGCUGGAUGAGAUCAGGUUUAACAAGCACUUCAGGACGGUGUUCUUGUUUCAAGAGGAAUCGUUUUGUGACUUCAUCAGUGACUUCAGCAAGCGACAGGACAGGAUGCUGGAGUUUCUCAACGACCUAGAGGAGGGGGCUAUUCAGCUCGACAGGAUGAAUAUGGGGGCAAAGAUCUCCAGCGUGGUAGGCAGCUCGGUUGGGGCGGUUGGAGGUGUGCUCUCCAUUGUUGGCUUGGCGUUAAUUCCUGUGACGGCAGGGGUGUCUUUAGCUCUGACAAUGACUGGGAUAGGUAUGGGAAUCACCAGCGGAGUCAACAGCGUUGUCACCACCGUCACAGAGAUCGGUGUAAAUAGAACUCAACAGAACAAAGCCAGAGAGGUUUUCCAGAAAUUCAUGGAGGAUGUGCAGAGUCUCCAGGAAUGUCUGGACAAGGUGACCAGUCAAGCCGACACCAAAAUGGAAGAGAGUAUCAUCACAGUGGCUCUGGGAGUUAGCAAGGGUCUUGGUAAAGUUGGUGUUAUUGCAAAAGGUAUUGAUGCAUUUGUUGAUGCUGCCUCUGCUACUAAGUUGUUGAAAACCGAAGAGUUGAUUGCAGGUGUUGGUAAGGUGGUGGCUCAGGAAGGUAAAUCAUUACGUAAUGUGCCCAGGGUGGCUGCAGACAUCCCAGAUAUUGGUCAGGCAGUCGCCAAAGGGCCUCUCGCUCUUUCCAAGUCAGCCAGGGUAGGUUUCAUAGCACUCAAUGCUCUCUUCCUCGGCAUGGAUAUCUUCUUCAUCUGUAAGGACAGCAUCAGUCUGGCAAAAGGCAAUGAGACCGAGUGCUCACAGUGGAUCAGGGCCAGAGCUACUCUGUGGAGCUCAGAGAUGGAUUCAUGGAAGGGGAUCCACGACUCCCUGUGUGAGGGCCGGGAGACGUCAGAGAAAAAAAAACUCUUCUGGAGACACCAUUUUAUCCGGAGAUGGAUGUGAAGAAGCAAAGAGAAGUAGAAAUGGAAUUUUCUCCUGAUAAAGUGGAAGAAAAACUGAAAUAAAAGAAGUUUUGCUUAACACAGUAGUGCUGAGAGCAGAGAGAGUAUCUUUGUAUGAAAGUUGUCACAAUUCUCCACAAAAGGAGCUAAAUGGAACCCUAAUAAUUUGCCUGAUUUUGAGGCUUAAAAAUUGAAAAUAAUGCCAACUAAAUAUGGUGAGAUUGCCACCAGACCCUUAUCAAUAUGGAUAAAAGAUGUCGGCUUCCCCAGUGGGGGAACAUUUAGUCCAAGACAAUUACUACGGUUGGGAUAGAAACAGAAUUGGGAAUUAAAAAGAAAAACUCAAAAAGAAAAGUGUCUAAGACGCAUCUCAAUGAAAUUGAAACACAUUUGAAAGCACUGAGUUUGUGGAAGAAGGAAUGUGGAUGUAAGGAAAGAAGAAGAAUGCAAAACAAAUGCCGUGUGUUACCCAAGGGAAUGAAUGUGAUAAAAUGGCAAAUGAAUGUGAACGAACAGAUAAAUCUGCACAGAAAAAGGUUUCUUUGUAUCCUACAGUGCCUCAGUGUGUCAGAGUGGACCACGAUCUCGACUGUGCCCCUCUUCAGGGACCUGAAGUGGCUUCAGCCCCAGCCGGUUCACCUCCGCCCUAUAUUCCUCCACCAACAACUGCCCAUCCACCAGACUCCACGAACAGAACAGCAGACAACAGAAGCAGACCUCCUGUAACCCGCAGCAAAGCCGACAUCCACCUGUUACGCUGGUGCUGCCACAACAACCCUGCUGAUGCUUGAGGUGGCCGGACAAGGUGGUCUGACGAUGGUUCUCUGUCCUUGGUCAGAAGCUGACAUGAAAGCAAAACUGACUGAAGUUUGAUGAUAUGCUCUUCAUGUUGAAGAAAAAUACAAGGCCCAACAAAGACAAAAAGACCUUACCAUGUAUCAGACACUUCAAGACUCACAGACAUCCUCUACCAUGUACAAUCCCCAAACAAGCAGCAGAGGACACCGGUUCAACAGAGGACGCGGUGGUUUCAGAGGAAGGGGCAGAGGCGGCCCCCGCACCUGCUAUAGGUGUGGAAAGAAAGGACAUUGGGCGAAGGAGUGUCCGGAGGAACGGGGUGGAGCUGCUCAGGCAGAUUGGAGCAGGGGGGCCACGAGAGAGCGAUGGAAACUCUGAUUCAUUCGAUGCCUGAGAUACACGGUAUCACACCCACACCACACAAACAGGAUAGUGACACACACACAUUGAUAUUAGAAGCAAUCACAUGCUUAGAAAUGAAAAACUACUUUCUCUGCAUUGUACAUCACCCCCCAAACUGCAUGCAUAUAAAAAGUUUUUUUUCUGUUACAGUGGACGCGCAGAGAACUGUUCAUCUGGUAACUUUAAUGUCGUCGACUCAUCAUUUUUUGUCUCAAAUAGCUGUUGCGAACAUCUCCGCCUUACAGGAAAUCCCUAAGACACUGUGGGCUCAAGGCAAACAUGACGUUGGCUUAAUAUAACGACUAAAUCUGACUUCAGUAAUAUCCAUUAAAAACUGAAGCCAUUAAAGGCAUUACUCCAGUUUUUGAAUCAUUACGAAAAGUAAGAGUAAUCCUUCCAUGGUAUCACUCACCAGUACGCACGCCUAUUUUUCACGUGAAAAUCUAAAUUGCAACUUUUCUGGGUCAUGUGAUCACAGCAGAGGGCAAAUCCCUCUCACCCAAACAUAUUGAGACUAGACCGACGCAGAACAAAGACUUGACCGACGCAGAAGAACAAAGACUUGACUAAGACUAUGCACCUCUGAGUUCCCUAUGAGCAAAGAGAAACACGCAGAUAAUGUAAAUGAUGAUGUAGAUAGCAGGACUUCACCCCUGUGCGAGAGACCAUCCAUGUUUGUUUCUACCUGAGACAAAUCCCUACUGCUUUCCAUGAUUUCUGUAACAAGUGUGAUUUCUAGUAAUCAGACAGUGAAUUCUUAUAAUUCUAAUAAUUGUGUUUCUGUUGCUUUAACUCCAUAGAUAAUUAAGACAUUCUAAAUGAUUUACAGGACUGUUAACCUUUUCUGUGACUAAUUCUUUAUAAUACUUUGUAAUGAAUUCUAAUAUUUAAGUCCCAGUUUAACUUUAUGUUUGAGCAUAUCUUUUGUUUAAUCAAUUUUAGUGCUCCUAUUUGAUGUGAUUAUUAAACUGUUCUUAUCCCAAGGGUGUGGAGGUCUAAAGAGCUCAGUUAGUAAUUGUCCCAAUAAUUUUGUAAUUGUACAAUAUGAAUGUUUGGAUUGUAACAAUUCAAUUAGAGAAGCAGUUUACUGAGCUAGUAACAUAUAUCCUGUUUCAAAUGUUUUAUAUGUAUUCAAGAGCAAUUUUUG